UCGCAACGUUUUAUUAGGCAAAGCAAUUUUAUGCUGAAUACGAAAAGGAGAGGAAUAUUUGAGAUACACUGAGAACUACUUUAUACCCGAGUCGUGAAAAGUUUGUGUGUCUCCAAGAUGAUGGACACUUGGAGCUUGAUCAGACUCCGCUACAAGCGCUCCGGUGUCCACCUGUCGCCAAUCGGCUGGAUCAUUGUGGCGUUCGUGGUCAGCCUCAUCCUCUACAAGUUCUACAACAUGUCGGAAAGACGCGCCAACACUGGAAAGGUCUUUCCUGCGCCCGUCUUGAACGAGAUCGAUGUCGAGGCCAUUGAGAAAAAGUACAAGGAUGAGAUGCAAAAGAAUAUCAAGGAGGCAGGGAAGGAUAUGCCGAAACUUCCCAUUUUUGACCGAGACUUUGAGGAAAAGGUCCACCUAGAGCACAUCCCCAAACCAAAUGUCAAAAAGUUCCCCGUUAAUUUAGUCGUGCGGCCAAAGGUUGAUUGUAAGGAACUGUUGCUUGUGAUAUUGGUCUCUAGCGACAUGGACGGGUACCAGGCAAGGAAUGCGAUUCGACAAACAUGGGGAACGCAGGACAAUUACAAAAAGUUCAAAGGCAAGCAGAAGAUGUGGCAGACGGUAUUUGUAAUGGGGCGCAGUAAUGAUAGAAACGAUGACUUAAUCAGGGAUGAGAAUGAACGAAAUGGCGACAUCAUCCAGGCGGACUUCAUGGAAUCAAAACAGGAAGAGACGCGGAAAUUUAUGGUCGGUGUGACGUGGAUCGUCCAGAAAUUGUCUCCAUGCAAGCCCACGUUCCUCCUCAAAGUCCCAGAUCAUGAGUAUAUCAACAUGCCUUCAAUGCUAGCAUGGAUAACAUCUAAGUACAAGACUGCCCCGAGGAACAUCUAUCUUGGAAAGAUGAUCAGACUAGACCAACCGAUCAGAGAUGAGACUAAUCCGUUAUAUGUCUCUAGGAAGGACUACCCGCAGAAGUUCUUCCCUGAUCUCAUCGAGGGUCCCGUCUAUUUCUUCUCCUUUGACGUUAUCCAAAAGAUGCGGCCGCUAUUCGGCGUCCAGAUCCCCAUAGCCAUGGAGGACGGCUACAUUGGUAUAAUGAUGAAGAGGCUGGGAAUCCGCCCUCGCAAUAACGAAAGAUUCCACAAGAUGAACUUUGUUGACCAAGCGUGCCAGCAUCUCUAUAUGAUUUUAGUCCACAAUCUCAAACCGCUGGAACAAUUGACUCUGUUUGAUAACAUUAACAGAGACAGUGCAAGUGGAGAAUGUAAACAAGCCAAAUUAAAGAGAGAAACUUAUGUCGGCCUUUGAUCCAAGUAGAGA